CUCAUAGCGUCAUUUUGCGCUGUGGCCUACUGGAUGUGCAUCGAACUCCUCGUCCUAGUCUACGUUACCUUCAAACGCCAUACUGGGCUCUAUUUCUGGUCCAUUGUCAUCACCACGCUCGGCCUCAUCCUCCAGGCAACAGGAUUCUUGAUCAAGGAAUUUGUUUACUCCAACCCUCCCAUCUUCACCACGAUCAUUUGUAAGAUCGGCUGGGUAAGCAACGUCACUGGGUUCUCCAUCGUGCUGUGGUCACGUCUCCAUCUCGUCGUCAACGAUCCACGUAUCCUACGCGCUGUCUUGAUAAUGAUUCUGGUAAACGGUGUCUUGAUGCACACACCCGUCAUCGUCUGCGAAUUCGGUCUACUUUCCCGACAUAAACAAGACUACAUACGGCCGAUGGUGAUCAUGGAACGCGUCCAACAAACUGUCUUCGCGCUCCAGGAAGUAGUCAUAUCUUGUCUUUACAUCUUCUACACGUGGCGAUUUCUCAACUCUGGAUACGCCAUGCACACCCGCAAAGUUGUGCGACUCUUGGUCCUCGUCCAGGCGUGCGUCAUUACCUUUGAUGGCAGCCUGACAGCCAUCGACUACCACAACAUGUUUACGCUCAAGUGCACGAUCCAUCCAUUUGUAUACGCGCUGAAGCUGAAGUUGGAAUUCAUUGUCUUGAACCAACUGCUAGCGCUUAUCAAGAACGGGCUUGCG